AUGCCCUCAAGUAAUCAAGCGAAACUAAACCAUUGCGUUUCCCAGAGUGCCCGGCAAAAGUUGAAGCGGCCAAAGGGGACCGUCAGCCCUGCUGUCGUGACUUCGGCGACACCAGUUAUACCACCUCCUCCUUCACUGACCAAAACCGAUCCAGCUCAUUCGGCAGCCGCUCAUGCUCCCGACGUGUUUACUCACACCCACAAGUUCGCUCGCCGUCGUCGUUCCAUUCCACUACUCCUUCCCCAGCCACCUUCCAUUCCCUGCUCUCCUUCCUCUCCAUCACGUUCUCCUAGUGAAACUCCUCCUGUGCUGCGCCGUCUGGAUGAAAACAUCGAUGUCGUCCCGAUCCCUCCUCCGCCGCCGUUGCUCCCGAUGCAUAACCCGUGUUCAUCCACUCUCGAUGUCCCCUAUGUGAUGCACUUUUCCACCUCCUCCUCCGCAGCCUCCUCCAAUUCCGGCAAUUCUCCAUUGCUACAGAGAACUCAUUCGCAAUUUCACGACAGCCAUUCUUUAGUCUUUCAUCCGCAGAUGCGUUCUAAAUCAAUGCAUGCUUCUCUCCAAGACUUGAUAGCUGAAGAAUUCUCGAAGCAAUCCUCCUAUUCUGGAGAGUAUAUUACAAUGUGUCCCUCAAGGGCGCUUCCAGAUCAGCCGAAGCUCGCCACCUCAUCCCUUGUACAUCAACUCACUCUCCCUCCACGCAAACGCAUUUGGAACUUAAACGAUGCCGAGAAACCAGUGUCAUCCCCCAAACAUUCUCGGCAAGAUUCUCCCAAGUUUGCUCAGCUUAGUCCUCCUACUUUAUCGCCCAUAGAGCCGAAAUCCUCUCUGACUAGUCGAAGUUCUUGCAAUGGUCUCUCCACCGCUUUCAGCUGCGAUGCGUCGGACGCUCUCAAUAUGCCGCCGCCACCUCUUGUACCUACCUCCGAGGAGUGGCAUCGCUCGAACCCUCCACUGCUCCAGGACCAACCAACUUUGCCUUCCAUCUCGUUGCUAUCCUUCCAGGUUUCUCUUGAGUUCCACCCCUGA